UCAAGCUCAGUAUCCUGGCCUUAGGAAGAGGGUCCAGCACGUUUAAUUUACUCUCCUCAAACAGGGAUCAUGUCUGCAGCAUUGUCAUCAAAUGAGAAGGAAAAUGGGCUGCUGCUUUGCCACUUUUAAGCAAUAACAGUCUUGGUGUUCCUGUCUUCCAGUUCAGUGCCCCUGGGAUAACUGGGGUGUGCUGAAUAGUGACUGGCUGUGGAUAAUUCCUCUUGUCUUAACCAGCAAGUGCUUGGGGCACAGUUGUGUCUUAAGUGACUCUCGUGCCUCUGGGAGAAGCAGCCAGCAGCAGGUCUCCUGAGCUUCGACUCUCAUGUUCACAUCGAGCUUCUGACCUGAUGCAUCGAGUGCCCUGGGUGGAAAAGCAAUUCCAGGUGACAGCGGGGAGAGAAGCUCUGACGAAGCCCGGCCACGGGGAAGUCAAAGGCAACUUUUAAUGUUUUAAUGGGAAGGAAGCUGGGCGAGCUCCUCCUCGGGUGAGAUCCCGGGCUCCGGGACGCUUCGGCUCCAAGAGGCUUCUCCGCGUCUCCCUCUGGUCCCGCCGGGAUCCCCGUGUCUGGCUGGCAGCUGGGAGCAGGAGAAGUUGGCUGCUGUUUUCCGCCGCCUGAUUUCCACCAGAAGAAGAAUGCCAACACGAAUAUGAAGUGAAGUGACUCCUAUGCUCUGCCACGGCGCCCGGAUGCUCCUGUGGGCGGGUUAGAGACGGGCACCCGCCUCCGGCCAGAUCCUGGGACAGGAUGAAGCCAAGGAGGAGCUUCCCAGCGCUCCGGAGUGGCAGUGAGCGCUGCCCCCUGUGAGAUCCAUGCCAGACCGUGCCCCGGCUGCCUGGCGAGAUGAAAGAGGUGGUGCUGUGGUCGCCCGAGGAGGUGACCGGCUGGCUGAUGGAGAAUGCGGUGCCCGAGUACUGCGAGCCCCUGAGGGGCUUCACCGGGCGGGACCUCAUCGACCUGACGGAGGAGGACUUUAAGAGGACGCCUCUGUCCCGGGUGUCUUCCGACAGCGGCCAGCGGCUUUUGCACAUGAUCGAGACUCUGAAAAUGGCUCACCACAUGGAGGCUCACAAGAACGGCCACGCCAACGGGCACGUCCGCGGCGGCGGCGAGAACGGCUUCGGCGGCAAGGCGAAGCUCAAUGGGGUGCCAAACGGGUUCAAGAAGGAGAUGAUAAAGAUCCCCAUGCCAGAGCCGGAGCGCUCGCAGUACCCCAUGGAGUGGGGCAAGACUUUCCUGGCGUUUAUUUAUGCACUUUCUUGUUUCGUCUUUACCACAGUGACUAUCUCAGUCGUCCACGAACGAGUGCCUCCCAAGGAGGUGCAGCCUCCCCUCCCAGAUGCAUUUUUUGAUCGCUUUGAUCGGGUGCAAUGGGCUUUUUCUAUUUGUGAAAUCAACGGCAUGAUCCUUGUAGGACUGUGGUUUGUUCAGUGGCUGCUCUUAAAGUACAAGUCUAUAAUCAGCAGAAGAUUUUUCUGUAUAGUUGGCACACUAUACCUGUACCGGUGUAUUACCAUGUAUGUGACCACGCUCCCAGUACCUGGAAUGCAUUUCAAGUGUUCUCCAAAGCUUUUUGGAGACUGGGAAUCUCACCUGCGAAGGAUAAUGAAGUUGAUUGCUGGUGGAGGAUUGUCCAUCACCGGAUCCCACAACAUGUGUGGUGACUACCUGUACAGCGGCCACACCGUCAUCCUCACCCUCACCUACCUGUUCAUCAAAGAGUAUUCCCCACGGCGACUCUGGUGGUAUCACUGGCUUUGCUGGGCACUCAGCAUGGUUGGGAUGUUCUGCAUCCUCCUUGCUCAUGACCACUACACUGUGGACGUGGUGGUGGCUUACUACAUCACUACAAGGCUAUUCUGGUGGUACCACACAAUGGCCAACCAGCAAGUGCUAAAAGAAGCUUCCCAAACUAACCUCCUCGCAAGGGUCUGGUGGUACAAGCCCUUCCAGUACUUUGAAAAGAAUGUCCAAGGCAUUGUACCUCGCUCCUACCACUGGCCCUUGCCCUGGCCGGCGCUGCGGCGGGGCCGGCCGGUGAAGUACAGCCGCCUGGCCAGCGACACGUGACGGCCACUGCCGGGGGGAAGGACCUGGCCCAAGUGCUCACAACUCCCUGAGAGAAGAUGCCAUAAGAAAAAAAAAAAAAAAAUAAUUAUAUAAAAAAAAAUCAACUGCUCCCUUAACCCCUCUCUUUUAACAGCUCCCCUCGACUCGCCCCGUUCAGUUACCUGGUAAGCACUGUGAUCUUUUUUUUCCUCUCCAAAGGAUCUCUGCGUUGGACAAACAAUAAAGAAAAAAUUUAACUUCUCGUGCACUGUUACACGUUUCUCGUUGAUAGAUUUGGGAUUUGCAUUUGCCCAUCGCCAUGUUCCUUUGUAUAUGAUGCGACAACAUAAAUGAGAGCUUUUAUAUCAUGAGUUCUGGUCUUUCCAGUCACGUCUGGGAACAAAGCAUAUUAUUUUCUUGGGAAAACAUACUUUUCAUAUCUCUUGCCCCAAAGAUUGGGCUGUAAGCCAUUUUCUAGCAAAUGACUAUAUGAAGGUUUCUAAAUACCUGCCUUGGGUGAAAUCAAGAAAUCUUUCUACCUGUUGCACCGCGCUACGAAUAAGAUGAUAGACACAGAAAGGUUUGGUAAUCCUGAUUUUGUAGAAUCUGCAGUGACUGACUGUGUCAAAAAGUGCAAAAAAAAACAAAAAAAAAAAAGGAAAAAAAAAAAAGAAAAAAUGUAAAGUGAUUUUCUAAGUAUUUCCUAACUUUAUUUUUCAAAACGUGUAUGGAAAAAAAAAAAAUAAAUUUAAAAAGAUUUUUACAUGUCAGAGAAUAGAGAGUUAAAAUUUAAAGAAAAUGCUUCUUGGGAGAGAGAGAUUUGUCUAUGUUUCUAGUGCCUUUCUUGUCUUGAUUGUAUGGUCAGUAGGCAGUCUUAAAUGUUUUUAUUUAAAAUAAAGUAUUCCAUGAAAGCAGAAUUAUAUAUACUAUAUAAUUACUAAUUUUUGCAUUUAUAGCUAAAUUAAACUGGAAAUUUGCUUAUAAUGUUGAAAUUGCCAUGUGUAGGGAAAAAACCACCCCACCAAAUAAAAAAGGGUCCGAUCUUGUUCACACAUUGUGGGCAGGUCAAGCUAAAAAGUAUCACUUUAUUCUUGGUAGCUGGAUUUUAACAAGUAAAACAGCCAUGAACUCCUGUUUUUUAAGAAUUUUACAAAUGAUCACUGAGUGAACUACGUAUAGUUUCUCCAUCCCCUUUUGCAGUGUUGUUGGAAAACAACAAAGAUAAUCUAUUUCUUUAAAAUAUUUGUGCAGAAACUGCAUGUAAUUCUGAGUUUCACUCCUACCAUACAUACUGUAUGUCUGGGGAAGUAUCCUACCCUAAACUUGCCAAUGUGCAGAACAAAAAUAGUUUUUUUUUUUAAAAAAGAAUGAAGAAGAGAAAAAUAUAUAUAUAAAUAUAUAUAUAUCCAUUCUGUAUUUUACGUGAAGCAGAGUUAUCUUCUGUAGGUUUUUUGUGUAUUCACAAGGUGAUAUUUGUAUUGUAAAACAACAAUGGUGAAGGAAAAUAAAAAGGCUUUUGAAACGUGUAGUUUCCUUUAUCUUUUUAAUGUUAAGUUGAAAAUUUAAAGCUGGGUUUAUUCUUCCAAACCUUGCCUUUAAGUUGAUGUUAUUGCACUGUAGGCCAUCCGAUUUGGACUGUAUGGAAACUGCAUUGAUUUCGAAUUGCUGUUGGGCAAAACAGUGCCUUAUCUGAAAUAAAUGCUAUGCAAUCGAUUCCGAGCGGGUUGGGAGGAGCCUUCCUGGGAGCCAUCACCAGGCCUUGAAAAACCUACCCCAGCACUGCUGGGAUGGAGCACAGGGCAGGGGGAGCAUCGGCCACUGCCCCAGGGUCUGUCAGUCCUGGCGCUUGAACGCCAAAAAAAAAACAAAAAAAGGAAAGAAAAGCAAAUUUCUGUGAGUCCGUGGUGGUGAAAGUGUCAUUUCUUUCUUCUUUUCUUUCUUUUUUGGGGAUGGUUUAUCUAGACUUCUCUGCCCUGUUCCUCAGCCUUGGCCAGAAACUUCCUUGAGGAGCUGAUGGGGUGUUGCUUCUGCUGGCUGUGGCUUGGGAUGCUAAACAAGACCAACCUGUUCCUUAUCAGUUCUCUGUCUCCCUGGGUGGGAGGGAGGGAGGGGGUUUCUUGGCCAAACCCUUUGCAACAGCAUUUGCAGAGCUGCCUGAGAAUUUAGGGCUCAGCUCUGCGUGCUUUGCCUUCAAUUCACAGCUUUAUCUUGGCAACUCUGGGGUUCAAAGUCACUUUUCAGAGCGCCCAGGGUGAUUUUUUGAGGGAAUUCCCGCUCCCAGACGGAAAGCGAGGAGUAGGUUUUUCAAGGCCUGGCAUCACGCACAUCCAAACCAUUGACAUAAGUAAAUGUAUGGAUAUAUAUAUGCACAUGACAUUAAAUGGAAUCUGCUGAA